AUGAAUAGCUCAGAGCAAGACAAAGCCAAGGAAGAUCAUAACGAAAAUGUCAUGGCUAAUAGCACUUUACUGCCUCACUUACCUGACCUUAUUAUGCACCAAAUCAUCUUACGACUUCCUACCAAACCUGCCAUUCGCAUGAGUUGUCUUUCCAAGCAAUGGGAAGGUGUAUGGUCUGCGCUCCGCAUAUUAGAUUUUGACGAGCGCAAUCAGCCACAUGAUGAUAAUGAUGACGACAACAACUACAAACAUGUAAAGUUCCUCAACAUCUUGGCAAGGUAUUUGGAAUUCCGUCAGAAGGACAACCAGCAACCUCCCUUGGAUAAAUUCAGGCUUUCGAUGAGAUAUCUAGAUGCAGAUGAAGAUGCUAUCAUAGGAAAGUUAUUGAGUAAUUCAUUUGAGAGAAAUGUCAAGGACUUAGAUAUCAGCCUUAGAAGUAAACAUCAGGAGGUUGAAACCUACUAUUGCUUACCCCGGACGGCCAUUAUUAAUGCAAAAUCUGUGACUAUUCUAAAUUUGGAGCACCUGAGGAUAAAGGACAUUGACAGUGUUGGACCUGAGCCUAUGUUUCCCUCUUUGAAAACUUAG